AUGUCUGCUCCUUCUAGACAGGAGAGCGCCUCGAAGCUCAUCUCGCGAGAACCAUUGGAUCCUGCUGAGGCCAAAUGGAUAAGGUUGGUCAAAUGCACCUACACUGAUCCGCUAGGAGUACAGCGGAUAUGGGAAUCGGCCGAGCGACAGUCGCGCCCAAAGAACGCGCUCAUUGACGCCGUAGGAAUUGUUGCACUCCUCCAGAAGGACACCGGUCCCGAAUUGCUCCUACAGAAACAAUACAGAGCCCCGCUUGAUAAAGUCACUAUCGAGGUUCCCGCCGGCCUCUUAGAUGAGGGCGAAACGGCUGAGGAAUGCGCCGUGCGCGAGCUAAGAGAAGAGACUGGAUACGUCGGAGUCGCCGAGAAGACAAGUACCAUUCUGUAUAAUGAUCCCGGAUUCUGCAACACAAAUGAAAAUCUGGUCCACGUCCGCGUCGAUAUGUCUCUACCCGAGAACCAGAACCCAGAGCCGCAGCUCGAAGACAACGAGUUCAUUGAGUGUUUUACCGUGCCGGUGAACAAUUUGUUCGAGGAGAUUAAAAAGCUCGACAAACAGGGCUAUGCAAUCGAUGGUCGAGUCGGCUUACUAGCUGAAGGAAUCGAGCUCGCGAAAAGGCUGGGUCUGCGGUAA